AUGAAAAAUAGUGUUGAGAGAUCUAAAUGCUCACUUCCUAGAUUGAAAGAUUAUUCAAAGGAGAAGGCUGAAAAACUUAAAUAUUUUUUUCGAUCAAAUAGAAGCAUUUCAGAAAAUAAGAUUAUUCAAAGUAAACUAAAAACAUCUAAAUUGCUGUAUAAUAAUGAAUUUUCUGAUGAUCAUAAUGUGAUGGCGUAUUAUAUGAAGAGUAAUGAAAAAUUGAUUGGAAUGAGAUAGAUGAUUAAUAGUACUUCAGUAAGAUUAGAUCAUGAAGAAAAUAAAAAAAAGAAUUUUCCUUUAGGAUUGUUAAAACAUAGUUUUUCUCCUUUUAAAUAGAUGAAAACAGACAUAGAAGUUGAAUAAAUUAAGGAUGAAGAUUCAAAGGAUAUUAAUGAAAUUGAUUAAUAGUCAUUUUAAAAAGAAUUAAGCCAAAACGAGGAUUAAGAUUAUGAUAUAUUAAGUGAAGAAAAUAGUUGUGAUGAACCAUAAAGGUUUGAUGGACUUGAGUUAUAAUAGGAAAUCAAAAAAAUUCAGCAUAAAUUACGUAAUAUAUUAUUGUUUAAUAAAUAGAUCAAGAAAUUGAUUAAUCAUAUUUUUACUUCAUUAAACGACAAGAUAGGUUAAGAGAUUUGGCGAUAAAUUUCAAUAAAAAAAAUGUAGAUCCAAUAAAUUUUUAUUGUCUUAAUGAUAACAUUUUCCCAAAACGAAUAGAUCUAUCAAAUUGUCUUGUAAAUAAUAAAGAAAUGCAUUUCUCUGAUCUUGGAUUGACUGAAAAAUAUUUUCCAUUGAUAAAAAAUUUAUUAUAAUCAGUGAAGAGUAGGGCAGUCAAAUAACUGUUCUUAUGUAAUAAUCAAUUAGAUGAUAAAUCAUUAUUAUAUUUAAUUGAAGGAUUUCCUAUAGCAUUAAAAGAAAUAAAUUUGGGAAAUAAUGUUUUAGGUAAAAGAGGAGCUAGUAUUAUUGCUAGUCAUAUAUCAAAAUUUCUUAAUUUAAAAACCUUAAAUUUAUAAAAUAAUUUAUUAGGUGAUAAAGGAGCCACUAUAUUACUUAGUAAUAUAUAAAGAAAUAUGACUAUCAUAAAAUUAAAUUUGUCAGAAAAUUAAAUAACUGAUUCUUGUUCUACUGUUUUUUAUUAAUUUUUAUUGUAGAAUAACUUUAUUGAAAAUUUUGUGUUGAAUUGGAAUUAAUUGGGUCCUAUUACUGGUACUAUGAUAGCAAAAGGUUUACAAUAAAAUAGGUCAGUAAAAGUUUUAGAUCUUAGUUAUAAUCAUUUAGGAUAGAAUGAAAGAAGUAAUUGUAUUCAAUGUUGGUGUGAAUCAAUAAAUAAUUCAUAAUUCUCUUUAGUCCAUUUAGAUAUCUCAUACAAUUAAUUGAGUGAGAAAUAAUUAAGGUAAUUCAGCCAAGCUUUAUUAAAAAAUAAUAGUUUGUAUGGGUUACAUAUUGAAGGCAAUAAGUGUUCUGCAAAAGUGGAUCCUUAUGGGUUUAUCCAAUUUACUAAUGAUAAAGAAGAAUUUAAAGUAGUAUAAUAAAAAAAAAAUGUUAUAGAUGGAGUAAACUACAUUCCAAUGUAAGGGGAUAGUUUAUUUGGGAAUGAUUGUUGUUGGAUUUGCUAAGGGUGGAUGGAGUAUCGAUUCCAAUAUAAUCCAGAAAAUGAUAGCAAUUAAGAUCCAAUUUUUAUUCAUCUUGAUUUUCUAGAGUAAUAUUAUGAUUAACUAUUAGUUAUUAGCCAAUACCUAUGACAAGUAGUUAUGAAUUAAGAUAAUAAUUGAUUGAAGCAUCUAAAAGAAAAAGUAGUUAUCUAGAUCUUACUACUGGUGAAAUAAUACAUUAAUUAAAACAAUUAGUAAACUCAGAAAAAAGAAUAACAUUGGCUGCAAUAACAGAAGCAUAUACUGAAGAAACUAGUAAAAAGAGUGAAGAAAUUACUAAAUAAAUGAUAUAAGAAUUAAGUAGGUUUUAUUAUACUACAUAUUAAAUGUGUCCUCCAAAGAAGAAAAUAUUGUAUUUCUUUUCUAAUCCUAUUCGAGAAGAAUAUUUUAUUGAUCCUAGAGUGAUGAAUAUGCCAGCACCUUUAGAUAAUUUAAUAUUAUAAGGUAAAGAUCCUAAGCAUUCUAUUCAUAUAUUUUAAGAUGGAACUAAAUUAGCAUUUAAGAAAAUCUAAUUUGUUAAUUAUAUAUAUUCAAGAUAGGAAUAUAUAAUUGAUGAUAAAGAUAAUUAUAAACCUUUAAUUAAAGUAUUUCCAAGAUCAUCAUAAAAGAAAUAUGUGUUGAGGAGAUUUGCCAAUUUUUUAGUUAGAAAAUAGGCUCAUCUUAUUAAAUGGAAUAAAGAAGAUUCUAUUUUUAGACCAUAUAUUGGAGAUACAGAAGAUUUAUUAAAUGAAUGUUUUGAAUAUGAUUGGAAUAGUAGUAAAAUAAGUAGAUUUGUUAAAAGUGAUUAUGAAAAAUUAAAAUUAAAGGAAUAUUUCAGAUCUAAUUAUUAACUUUUAAAAGAUGUCUAUAAAUUUUAUUCUAGUUUAGGUUAUCAACCACCCAAUUUUGAUGUUUUUUGUAUAUAGAUUCCUUAAUAUAUGAAAUUAGUUAAUAAAUUAAAUAUUAUUGAUGGUGAUUUAUUAAAAUAGUAAGAUGUAGAAAUUGAUAUUGUUUCAUUAAAAAAUAAUGUAGAUCCUAAAUUUAUUUAUAAUCCUGAAAAAGCAUUAGUAAGAUAUUAAUUUUUGGAAAUGUUCUUUAGAAUUGCUAAUGAUAAAUAUAUUAGAAAUGAAAUUUAUAAGAGUUAUGCUGAUGCUCUCUAUAGAUUACUCAAAGAAUUUAAAGAAUAAUAUGAAUACUUUAACAUUAUUUAAGAAUGGAGAACUUAAAGAUUAUGGACAAGGGAAUGUGAUCAUUUAUUAUAAAUUAAAAUGCCCUUUGUAAAAAAACUAUAUGAUUAUGUCACUGAUAUUGCUAAUAGAAAGUGGUAUUUUAAAUUAAAAUGGAUAUCAAUUAGAGAAUUUAAGGAAUUCUGUAAAUAAUUCAAUCUUCAUGAAUAUUUAUCAGAAAAACAAUAGGUAAUCAUAUAUAAUUUCUCGAUGAUGACUUAAGUGGAUGAAUUAACCUUAGAUAGAAAUAUAAGAAUGACUUUUAUUGAAUUCGUUGAAGCUUUAGGACGUAUAGCUGAGAGAAUUAGUGCUGCUCCUAUUACUGAUGUAGCUGAACAUUAUACUCUAUUAUAAAGAUAACUAUUACCUUUGCAUAUCAAAUUAGAAACCUUAUUAACAUAUUUAUAUUAUUAAAUGAAGUUAAAAGACAUAGAAUUUGAAUAAUUUUGUGAUUUAUUUGUAUAUUUCAAACCAGAUCAUUCUCCUAAGAUUAGUAUGCCUAAAAUUGAUAAAAAUAAGAAACCUGAAAAAGAUCAUGAUUAUCACAAUGUAAUUUCUUCACUUACUCUUUAUAAUACAGUCUUUUAUUUAAGUACUUUAUUCUAUUAAUUUAAGAUUAGAAUAAAUUACCCUAUUUGAAUCCAAAAUAUAAACAAUUCUUAAAACAAAAUGUUAUUCAAACUGCUCCUAUUCGACCUUUCUAACAUAUUUUUUAAAGUGAUAGAAUACGUAAACCAAGAGUACUUCCAGAUCCUUAUAUUUUGGAAUAAAAAUAAAAUUAAUAAUAGUAGAAUAAAUAAUAAAGUCCAAAUAUGUAAACAACUCUCUCUUAAAAUACAUGA